AUGCUCAAUUUCGUCACGCUCCUCUCGGCAUGCACUCAUCCCUUUUCAUCUCAAUCCCUCGGCAAGGCCACGGUAUCAAACCUGGACCCGCAGCUGAUGGUCCUUCCCAUGACGAGCGGCAUGACAGGGCAAGGGAUCUCUUUCAUUCUAGUCCUCCCAAUCCAACAAUUCUCACUGAGGUCAGGGUCAAGGUGGCGCUCCAUGCCUCUGAUGCAAUUUGACAUCCUCAUCAUGUCGCCUGACCUGCAAUCCUGGCAUCCUGACAGUAGGCAUGGCUUCCACGGAGAGAGCAUGCAAGCGCUUCAUGGCAUGUUCCGUUGGUUGCACUCGGCUCAGUCUGGGGAUAGGCUCCGCCUGCCAACGGCCACGGCUACGAGGCCCCGGCGGUCUAAACUGAGAGGCAAAGCUCUGCUGGACUGGGGCCCGAUCAACGGUGUCGACCUCGGUGGAUUGUGA